GGUGAUCGUAGAAGCCAAUUCCCUCCGCCACGCCUGCCCUCAUCCCUGCUUAUUCUGCUCGUUCUGGAAGGUCUUGUCCCGACUUGACUGAACUGCUCUAAGGAAUUCUAUCUUCCACGGAGGAUCUGGUGGACAGGAGACAUUUGUCCUGCACGAAUGGAUGGGUGAUGACGUUUGAAGAUCUGAUGAUCUUUGGUGCAAUCUUGCAAAAGGAGCUGGGUUCUGUGUGGGAGAUCAUGUAAAAGCUGCCGUUUGGGACCAGAAUUGUCUCUGGAGGACUAAGGUGUAACGAUGGAUCAUGAAAAGGUUUGGAUGGAGCUGGAUCAGAUUUCUAAGCGCUGUCAGGAGGACGGCUUACCUCUGGAGGCCAGCACGGAGGAGCGGCAGCGACACCUUUGGCAGCAGCUGCUCAACAGUGAGACGAAGCUUCAGUCAGCCACCGAGGAGCUGCUGACCCUACGCACCCAGCAGGCCAACGAAAUGAAGGAGCUGGAGAGCUAUGUAGCUCACAUCCGAGCGCUGUUGGAAGAGCGCGAGUGUCUGACGGCAGAGUAUGAGAGGGACAACGAGGAGCUGCGACAUGAACUUCACCAGGUCAAACACCAACAAGAGGCUCAGAGCAAGGAGCUGGCUGAGCUGUUGUCUCAGGAGGACCUGGGGGAGAUCGGUCUGAGCAGCCCCAGCGAGCAGGUGGCCUACCUGCUGGUGGAGAGAGCCACGCUGCUGGAGAGGCUGGAGGCCGCUGAGAGGAGCCUGGAGAGCCAGAGUCUGUCUGGAAACCCCAACGACUUUGACCACCAGGAGCACAUUCGCCACAUGAUGGGAGAGGAUCUACGGCAGCGGAGUGAGGAUGUGCGUCGAACCGUAGACGCCGUGGCAAAGCAGUGUUCGUCCCAGAGUCCGUGGAAGAAGCUGUUUGGCCUGCGCAGGUCUGGUCAGAGCAAACACAAUGAGACUCCUGCCCACAGUGAGGAGCUUUCCAGGGAGCGGAGUGAGCGUCAGCGACUGGAGCGAGACCUGGAGGAGGCGUCCGGGAGGCUGGCAAUGGCUCACCAGGACAUCCGCAGGCUCUCGGACAAGCUGGACGAGGCCAGAAACGGCAAUCAGGACACAAACGGAUCGGAGCUUAAGGGAACAGCCAAAGAAGUAGAGAGCUCGAGGAAAGAAGUGGAUGAACUGAAAAUCGGCGAUACGAUGAGGCUGCAGAGGCUGGAUGCUGAGAACAAAACUCUCGGGGAGAGGGUGCGCCUCUUAGAGUCGGAGAAGCAGAAUCUCCUGGAUCAGGUGCUGAAGAACGCCGCCGCCAAUCAAGAUUUAAAGGACAAGAGCGGAGAACCACAAAACGGAGCUCCUGCUUUUUCAGUUCAUGGAAAAGAUCUGAGUCACAAACGGUGUCACGAGGCGCUGGAGGACGGACUUGUUCAGGUGAGAGAGCUGCAGCGGCAACUCCAGAGGCUACGCAAGGAGCAGGAAGAGGUGGAGGAGAGAAACGAAGAGCUGGAGGCCCUUCUGGGCGAGGCUCAGAACACCAGCAAGGAAGAGAGGCAUCGUCACGAUGGAGAAGUGGAGGGACUGCACAGAAGGAUCAGAAGCCUGGAGGCGGAGCUAAAAAAGCAGGACAGCCAAGAAAACAAGCUGAAGAAUGGAGAGGAGGUCAAACCCACCGACUCCUACCUACAGCCGCACCUGAGGGACUGCGCCCAGGAGAGGAUGGCUCUGCUCGAGGCCCGUCUGACCGAGGAGAAGGACUGGAGGAAACAGCUGGAGCUGGAUCUCAGCGCUGCCCAAACUGCACUAAAAAAAGACAAAGAGGCUUUGCAGAUAGGCGAGCGGGAGCUGAAGAAGCUGAGACUGGAGGUCAACGGGCUUCAGACGGAGUGCCAGCAGGGGAAAACGCUCAUCAAAAGUCUCACCCAAGUAAAAGGGGAAAAGGCAGUUCUGGAAGAAAAGGUGGCCCAGAUGGAGCGCACCAACAAGAGGCUUCAGAGUGAGCUGGACCGCUACAAGGACAGCAGCCAGGCUCAGGGGGACGUUAGGGACAACAGGCUGCAGGUUGAGCAGCUCCAGCUGCAGGCUGACCGCCUGACUGUUGAGCUCAGCAGCCUCCAGACGACGCACAACUCUCUAAGAGAUGAGAUGACGUCUGAGCGAUUGAGGAGCGCUGAGCUUCAAGCCGAGCUGAGCUCUGCUGUUCAGGAGAAGCUAGCGGCCAAAGGGGAACGAGAGAGACUGGAGCUGGAGAUCCAGCGCCUCAAUAAGCUGCUUUUAUGGCAUCAAGAGCAGCUGUCCUUUGCACAGGAAGCACAGAAGCACCAGAAGCAGGGAGCUCUUCAUAUAGGAUCCAGGUUUAGUCCUGAGCAGAGCAAGGAAAACGGUUUGGACCAGCAGGAGCUGAAUCAUCUUCAGAAGAAGCUGGAGGAGGAGCGGCAGAAAGCCUCUCAUCACCAAAUGGCUCUUCAGGCUCAGGUUCACGAGGCCCAGGCGCACAUCAGGUCCCAGGAGUCAUUCCUGAGUCAGAAGUCAGAGGAGGCCAAACAGAUGAAGCAGGACCUGCAGAGGGCCCAGAGCCUGUUCACCUCAGCUGAGAGGGAGCUACGCUACGAGAAGGAGAAGAACGUGGAUUUGAAGAGACACAACACUCUACUGGAGCAGGAAAAGCUCAAACUUUGUGCAGAAAUGAAGCAGGUCCAGACCAAGCUGGUCCAGGCGGAGCAGAAAGUCCAAACCCAAGAUGCAGAGGGCGAACGGCAGCAGCAGAAAAUCAGAGAGCUGGAGCUGGAGCUGGCGCGUAGCAGCACCAACCACAGCGCCACCAGCAGCCUGCAGGAGGAGCUACAGGCUGAGAGGGCUGGGCUCAUCGCUGCUGACAAGAAGGUGUUGGAGCUGCAACAGCAGCUGAAGAACGCCCAGCACCUGCUGCGUGUGGAGGAAGCUCGCACCAGUGAGAGCAGCCGCCUGGAGAGGGACAGCAGGGAUCUGUCUGACACCUUAUCAGCUCUGAGAGCCCAGCAGCAGGAGGAGCACAUCACCAGGAAGCUGCUGGAGCAGCGGGAGGAGGAGCUACAGCAGCAGGUAGGCUCUCUGAGGCUGAAGGAGGCCUCGCUGAGUCGGACAAACACAGAGCUGAGCCACCGCGUCCAGCAGCUGGACGCCCGUCUGUCCAUCCUGGAGGCCGAGCUUAGCAAGACGAGAGAGGAGGCUAAAAACAAUCUGAAGUCAAACCAGCGUCUGCAGGAGGAGCUGGUGGCCAGUCAGCAGGAGUGUGAAAGGCUGCAGGAGGAGCUGCAGCAGGUUCUGCUCCAGCUAGAUUCACGGCUCAGGAAGUACAAUGAGAAGCAAAGCCAGCACAAGAGCAAGCUCCAUCAGGCCAAGCUGGUGUUCCUAAAAGCAACGGCGCAGAGAGACUCCACCAUCCAGAGACUGGAGAACGACCUGGCACUGGCGUCCAGUCUCUCACUCAAGGAGAAGGAGCGAGUCAACACGGUGAUGAUGGAGAACGAGAAGCUUCUGGGGGAGAAAAGGGAGCUGCUGAGGAGGGUGAGCGAGGCGGAGGAAACGGGCAGCAACGGCAUGAGGACGGCCUCGACGCUUCAACACAGGGUUAAUGGGUUAGAAAUGGAAAACCGACAACUGCAGGACAGAACCAUGAAGCUCUCCAACCAAGUCAGUUCCUUAGAGCGAGCGCUGAGGAACGUGGAGUCGUUCUACUCACUGGAGAAAAAAACGAAAGAACAGUUUUUCCCACCCGAUGGACUCUCGGAGGGAAUCUUGCAGGCGUCCACUCUGAGUGUGACCGCGAGUUCCUGCGACCACGUAGACAUCCUGGAUGCAAUCUGUCGUGCAAAGGUGAGCAAGCACACGGACGGCACGAGGGCAUCAGUCUCAACAUACCAGAUGUCUGAGCAGGGAUACCUGAAUCUUGUAUCCCCAAUGGUUACUCCAACUUCCCCAAAAGGUACAGAGGAGAGCCCUAAUGAGUGACCAGGCCUGAGAGCUCAUGCUACGUUACGUGAAAACGUGUCAGUAGCCAGUAUUAAGCCUGAUUCAUGCUUCUCCGUCAGCUCCGUAAGGGACAGACACGCACGGAUUGACGGAAGCGUUUUGCUCUCAUCCUUCUCUGUCUCCUGGAGAGCGUUGCAAAGCAAUUCCCCACCAGGAAAACAGAGGGCGUAGAGCUGUUCUGUGGUACCCUGUCAUGUAUCUGGUCCAAGAUAGUGUGUUUAUAUUGUGUUUUUUUGUAUUUAAGAGACUUUUAACACAGACAACUUUGUCUCUCAUUCUCCUCCACCUCUUCAUGCGCUCCCCAUCUCUAAACCCACGUUUCCUGUCAUUUCCGUCCACAAAUAAAACGCUUGCUGCGCAUCUUUUCACUCCUCCAGUCACGAGGGAACUAAACGUUCAUAUUUUUAGAGUUUUUUUCGCGAGGUGUUCUUCAAGCUGCUCCGUGUCUGCCGCUAGUUAUCCUCGGCUCUCUUUAUGUUUUUGAGAGCGCAAUGGCGGCGGUGUAAACAACAGCGGCGUCCUGACCAAUCACGAGCUUGCGUUGUCCGUCUCGACUGACGGAUGUUUAGAAAAGAGAGUUCGACUCCGUCCGUCCUUGCGGAGCUCUCCGGCAGGCCCGCAAGGACGUUGUGUGUUUCCGCACCGACGCAGACGGAGAAGCAUGAAUCAGGCUUUAGGCAGCACGUUCUGCUGAGGGGUGCGUUGGACUUGCCAGUGUGGUAUUUUGGUUUGAGAAACUAAAACAAAACCAGGGGAUUAAAAAUGCCAAUGCAAGUGUCAAUCAGAAGUACAUUUUUUAUAAAACUUAUUUUUAACCUAAUAUCUGAAGAGAUUGUUGUUUUAGAGACUGACCCAGAGGACUGUGAGGUCUGUGUAAAAAUGAGACGAAGCACAAGUGUUGUAAAUAUCAAGGAGACACUUUUAAACAGUUGUUGUUUAAGCACUUUAUAACAUGUUUUGUACACUAAAGUUGUUUACAUUUGAGAAACUUCAGCAGAAUGCAAAAGGUACGCUUGUCUUUUCUGCGCCGUGUUUGAAUGCUUUAUACCACUUGUGGUGUUGUUUUCUUAAUCAUGUUUUACUUUGAGAUUUGAUUUUUUUUAUAAGUUUACAAAAAUAUUGAUAUAAAGAAAACCAAAUCAGUUCUGUGGACCCAUUUUAUGUCACAUAAGGAGGAAAUGUGACCGAUCUUUAUUAUGAUCAUGAGUAUUUGUAUCGUGAACUAAAUACACUGAAUAUGUUCGUGCA